GUCUGCGCGUCAACACGUCGCCAUCGCUCAUCACAGCUCUUCUGCUCCCACCGUCCACCAACAUCUCACAACCAUAGACAACCUUCGUCACUUAUCCACUCGUCACUCUAAACACACACAAGAUGCGUGAGCUCAUUACCGUGCAGAUCGGACAAGCAGGAAAUGCUGUGGGAACUGCCUUUUGGCAGACGUGCUUGGCCGAGCAUGGUCUGAGCGACGAUGGUACCUACAUUGGCAACAAUGAGGAUGUCCAGCUGUCCAAGAUUGGCGUGUUCUUCAACCCGAGCGGUACGGAGAACAAGUAUGUUCCCCGAUCCGUUCAAGUGGAUCUCGAGCCAGGCACGCUUGACCACAUCCGCUCUGGACCCACUGGCAAGCUUUAUCGCCCUGACUCGUUCGUUGGCGGAGAGUCCGGUGCCGGGAACAACUUCGCAAAGGGUUACUACACUGAGGGCGCAGAGCUGAUAGAGAACGUCAUGGAUGUCGUUCGCAAGGAGGCCGAAAGAGCUGAGGGCCUCCAAGGCUUCCAGCUUGUCCACUCUUUGGGUGGUGGUACCGGUUCGGGUCUGGGCACGAACUUGCUCACCAAGCUGCGCGAAGAAUUCCCCGACCGCAUGCUUGCAACUUGGUCCAUCCUUCCCUCACCUAAGGUGUCCGACACUGUUGUCGAGCCGUACAAUGCCACUCUAUCUUUCCACCAGCUGGUUGAGAACGCAGAUCUUUCCUUCUCGCUCGACAACGAGGCGCUUUACGACAUCUGUCAACGAACACUCAAGCUCAAGGAACCCAAGUACACCGAUCUGAACACUAUCAUCUCGUACGCCAUGUCUGGUUGCUCGACUACCCUCCGCUUCCCGGGUCAGCUAAACUCUGAUCUGCGUAAGCUGGGUGUCAACAUGGUCCCUUUCCCACGUCUGCACUUCUUCUCCGUCGGAUUUGCGCCUUUGGUGUCUCCGGGCUCCAAAGCAUAUCAACAAGUCUCCGUGCCCGAGCUGGUUCAGCAAGGCUUUGACCCGCGCAACAUCAUGGCCGCGAUUGACCCUCGUCUUGGAAAGUACCUGACGGUGGCUGCUAUCUUCAGAGGCAAGGUCUCAUCUCGCGAUGUCGAGCAAGAGAUGAUCAACAUUCAGACCAAGAGCGCGACGCAAUUCGUCGAGUGGAUUCCACAAAACAUCCUGACUUCUCUCUGCGACAUUCCUCCACCCGGACUGCGCAUGAGCGCCACUUUCAUUGCCAACACAACCUCCAUCCAAGAGCUCUUCAAGCGCACGCACGAGUCCUUCGCUCUCAUGUUCCGCCGCAAAGCUUUCUUGCAUUGGUACACCGGCGAAGGCAUGGACGAAAUGGAGUUCUCAGAGGCCGAAUCGAACCUGCUCGACCUCAUUUCCGAGUACCAGCAAUACGAGGCUGUUGGCGCAGAGGACGAGGAACUUGGAGAGUACGUCGAGGAAGAAGAGGCAGAGCCUUUGGAGUAAGCGAAGCGCGAGGGGAUGUUGCACCUUACGGAUCAAGAAGCAAAAAAAGUGCCACCGCAAAGUUCCUCCAUUUACAAACGAAACGAUGCCCCAGCUCUUGUACACCUUUCUUCUGCGACCAUGGGCAUAUACCCAUUAUUUCUUGCCCUCGCCUGUUCGUCUCUCUGAUCAAGCUUCUUUUUUGCCUCUGCGAAUGCUUUGUCGCGAAUGUGCUUGAUGCCUGUCAGCCAG